UUCUUCCUAAACACUUGAGUGGGGAGGGCCCUCGGGGCGAGCACACCCCUAACUGCCUGUGUCAGACUAUUUCAGAACAGAGGCCAGCAUUUAGUCACUGCGUAGAGGCUGCACAUAUCAUUUGGUUUGCUGAAGUCCACCCCAACUUGCGGAGGGUAUUUCUCCGUCUCUUCCCAGGAACUCGUUGGCUAAGAUCAAAUCUGCUUUUUUUUGUUCACCUUGCAGAAACGGUGCGUUGUGACCACAGGUUACUUUUACGCACAGACAGUGAAGACGCAGGAGGACAAUGCCUCGAUCUUUUUUGGUCAAAAAGUACUUCGCGAAACAAAAACCAAACUACAGUGAACUGGAAUAUCAGAAUGACAGCUUACUGGAGAGGUUUCCUCUCGCUGAGCUCUCAUCGGCAGACAGCACCUGCUUCACCGCGGGUCUGGUCUGGGACCUGAGCGUCCUGCCCACCCUCUACCUGCCCGCGUCUCAGUCCGAGCCCUCGGCCACCUCCGUCCCGCUGGACCUCAGCUCCCCGUCCAGCCUCAGCAGCAACGCCAGCAGCAGCGGCGAGGAGGACGAGGGCCGCACCUCCGACCCGCCGAGCCCCGAGCCCGUGCACACGUACGCCCCCCGCCAGCGGAUGAAGUGCACGGGGGUCAUGGCCCACGUCAGCCCCCCGGAGGAGGAGGAGGAGGGGGAAAGGGAGACCCCCGCCACGGCGGCCAGGCCGGCCUUCCUCUGCAAACACUGUCCCAAAGAAUACACCAGUCUGGGGGCUCUGAAGAUGCACAUCCGCUCGCACACCCUGCCCUGCGUGUGCACCACCUGUGGAAAGGCCUUCUCCAGGCCGUGGCUGCUGCGCGGCCACAUCCGCACGCACACAGGUGAGCGCCCGUUCUCCUGCCCCCACUGCAACCGGGCCUUCGCCGACCGCUCCAACCUGCGGGCGCAUUUGCAGACCCACGCCGAGGUGAAGAAGUACCAGUGCGGCGUCUGCUCUCGCACUUUCAGCCGCAUGUCACUGCUGCAAAAACACAGCUCCUCAGGGUGCUGCUCCACUUCGGUGUGAGCCCGGAGAGGACCAGAAGUUCAGAGCAGAGGACUUACCCGCUUCAGAAAAGGAGGUUCACACAAGCCCUGCCAGCCGGUUCGGACAUGCAAAGACCACAGAAAGCAUGAAACGGCCUAAUCUAAGAGACCGAGAGGGGAAUUAAACCUCAUUGUGGAGCUGAUUUUACCAGCUACUUAGCUCCUCUGUUCUAUUAUAAGAGAGCAGAGAGGCUCAUUUUGUUUUUUUCUUCCAGUUUUGACCGAGUGUCUUGAGGCUGGACCAAAUCUGAACCAAACACUACCAAAACUCACGUGAUAAAGAGUUCUUUUUGUUUGUUUUUUUUGUUUUUUUGCUCUCGUGUCCAUUCCAAACAACAAUUACGUCCUGAAACCCCUUUUGGGAUAAGAGGUGUCUUUUUCCUACCUCUGUCCUGGUGCAGGCCAGCUCAGGAUCCUAGGGCCUAGACACAGCUGCUCAGAGGUAGGGGUGCGUGGGUGGGAUAAAUCUCUUGGCGUGUCACCGAACACACACACACACGCACACACACACGCUCGCACACACCAAAUCAAAUGCACACGCAGCUGUCCCUGGUACUGUGGUGUAGAUAGACGAGGUGCUAACAGGUGCCACAGUCCUGACCUUCGCUGGUUGAUAGCAGGUGACUUCCACUGCCCUUGGUUUUGCUUAAGAAAAAAAAGAGGAAGCAUGUCACUGCAGAAGAAUGGCACCAGAAAGUUUUCUCUUUUCUUUUCUUUUUUUUUUCGCCAGCGAGGAUCGUUUUAAGCCUCUGUUAUGACUACACCCGGACCUUCUCUUUAAUCCGAUGAGUUUCGUAGAUAGGAAAAAGCCGUUUUCCCAAAGAAGAUGAAAUGUGGAUGAAAAUGAAAAGCCAUGCACUCAAGGUUACUACAGUGUUAAAAUUUACCAGACAAAGCCAUACUACUUAAAUGAAUGUUCCUCUAAAUUGUAUUACUUCUACAACCAAAAUGUGCCUUUUUUUACCUCGUUUAUGUGUCGUGGCUUUAAAAUCUGAUUGCAGUAUUAGCUGAAUUUGAAAUGUCAGAAGGCUGGGACCAAAGAUUUUCUUUUUUUUAAAACUGUUUACACCAUGGAAUCAUGGUUGCCCAACAUGUGAUUAACGCCUUUUGAAUGGACAGUCCAAAGAUGAACUUUUAACUUUCCUAAAUAUUUUAUGGCUGUUUUCUAGUGCAAUGUGCAGAUGAUGUUAUUUUGUUUUAAUUUUCUCUUUUUUUUUUGUACCAAGCUUGUGUGUUGACUUUUAUUCCCUGUAUAUGUCGUAACUGAAACCUUUUCAUUCAAUAAAGUAAUUUAUGUUUAUUAAA